AGUGACAACACUGGAUGGGCUGGGCGCUCCUUCAAAAUAAUGAAUCAUCAUUCAUUCUUCCUAUCCAUAUAUCCAAUUACGCAGAAGUAGAUAAGUUCCUUUAAAGUGAGGAACUCUUUAGUAGUGUUUUGUGCAUAUAAAUAAUUGAAAUACUUUUAACUUGAGGACAAGCGUAGUAAUUGGACGAUUUGAUUGAAUCCGGCUUUUGUACGGUUUUAUUGCACAGUGCCGAUUCAGACCCUUGGCGGUGAAUUUUUUCAGUGUGAAUUACGUGGAAAAAUUAUUUACAAAUAAAAAAUUCAAGUUGAUCUAGUAGACUGAGAAAUGGAUACUAAAGUGGCCCUAGAAUUAGAAGAUCUAAGAGAAAAUUUCCAACAGAUCGACAAGAAUGGCGACGGUUUCAUAGACCUGAAGGAGCUCAGGGAUGCCCUCAACGUGUGCGGCUUCAAGAUACCGGGCUACAAGGUCCGGGAGAUGGAGAACGAGUUCAAGCAGUUCAACAAGGUGCAGAUGCCGGGCAAACUGACCUUCGAGGAAUUCUGCAAGCUGUGCGGCGACCUCAAGUCCAACGAGAUCGGGAACACGUUCAAACUGGCCGUCACCAAGAGGGAGAACCUGCAGCAUCUGGGCGGUACCUCGGAGGCUUCCAACGAAGGUACCACGCAUUCGGUGAGGGUGGAGGAGCAGUUCGCCUUCUCCGACUGGAUAAAUUCGAAUUUGAGGAACGAUGCCGACCUGAAGAACUUGCUGCCCAUAGAUCCGGAGGGUACGAAUUUGUACGAGAAGAUUAAGGACGGCAUACUUCUGUGCAAAGUUAUAAAUCACUCGUGUCCAGACACCAUUGACGAGAGGGCCAUAAACAAGAAAAACCUCACGCUCUACACGAAAUUGGAAAAUCUGACCCUGGCACUCUCUUCCGCUCAAGCCAUAGGUUGCAAUGUGAUAAACAUAGACGCGCAUAAUUUAUCGAAAGGCACACCUCACCUGGUCCUUGGACUCUUGUGGCAAAUCAUCAGAAUCGGGCUGUUCAAUCAGAUCACCCUUGAACAUUGUCCUGGACUGACCUCUCUGUUGUCCGAAGAGGAAAAGAUCGAGGACCUGAUGAAAUUGUCACCGGAAGGAAUUCUGUUGAGAUGGGUCAAUUAUCAUCUAGAAAGGGCCGGCACCAGCAAGAGGGUUAACAAUUUCCAAUCGGACAUUGUGGAUUCGGAGGCUUAUACCUAUUUGUUGAAACAAAUUGCACCGAUCGACAGUGGCGUGGAUACUAUGGCGUUGCAUGAAAAGGAUUAUUUGGCUAGGGCCGAGAUUAUGUUGCAACAAGCGGAGAAACUCAGAUGUAGAUCGUUUGUGACACCGCAGGAUGUUGUGAACGGAGUGUACAAAUUGAAUUUGGCGUUCGUUGCCAAUCUCUUCAACAACUACCCUGGAUUAGAGCAAACUUCUAAUGCAUUCGAGGGCGAAACUAUUGAGGAAACUAGGGAAGAAAAAACUUAUAGAAAUUGGAUAAAUUCAAUGGGGGUGUCUCCACACAUCAACUGGUUAUAUUCAGACUUAGCUGAUGGUUUGAUUAUAUUCCAAUUAUACGACAUAAUUAAACCUGGAAAGGUAGAUUGGAACAAAGUACACAGUAAAUUCACGAACCCAAGAAAGAAGUUCAUAGAAAAACUAGAAAAUUGCAAUUAUGCGGUGGAUAUAGGAAAAGAUAUAAAAUUCUCCCUGGUUGGUAUUGGUGGACAGGAUAUCAAUGAGGGAAAUGUUACCUUAACUCUAGCUCUUAUUUGGCAAUUGAUGAGGGCCUACACCUUGUCGGUUUUGUCAAGGUUGGCUGAGACUGGAAAUCCAAUAGUAGAAAAAGAAAUUGUUACUUGGGUAAACGAGAAACUUGCUUCAGCUGGCAAAACUUCCUCCAUUAGGAGUUUUCAAGAUAGUACAAUAUCAGAUGGAAAAGUGGUCCUGGAUUUAAUAGAUGCCAUCAAACCUGGUGCUAUUAACUAUGACCUUGUGAAACCUGGCGCAGACGAUGAGGAAAAAUUAGCCAACGCAAAAUAUGCCAUCUCGAUGGCAAGAAAAGCGGGGGCUAGGGUUUACGCUUUACCCGAAGACAUCGCCGAAGUGAAGCCAAAAAUGGUCAUGACAGUUUUUGCUUGUCUUAUGGCGCUAGAUUAUAUUCCUAAAGAUUCGAAUUCAGAAUCAAACUCCCACUGAUAGUCCUUAGUGCUUCUAAUUAAAUCAAUUAACGUAUUGACUAAGUGCCAAAUAGAAACGUUUAGGAAGGGCAUUUUGCCUGUUUUUAUUCUGGACCUACAUAUCUGUCUUACACUUUGAAUUUUAUUUUAUUUUUUGGAGACGAAAAGAAUACGUAAGUAUUUAGUUGGAACAUUUAGGAGCACCCGGUUUACAGAACGUGGAAGGUUUUAUUCGAAAGAUUACUGUUCGGAUCCGAAAAGGUUUUAGAAAUUUGAUUGAAUUCUUCAUUUGGUGGUGGGAUUGAUGGGAACAAAGUGUACCGCAGGAGUUUUUGUGAUUUGAACAGUAGAUAGGGUCUGAAUGUUCGUUAGAUGUAAUUAUUUGUUGCCAUAUUAUCAUAGUAAAUUCGAAAUUUUGUUAUUUGUUAGCCGUUGCGCAAUUUCAGUUGCAUAUAUAUGAUUUGAAUUGAGUACACAAAUGCACAAUCCAUAUAUUAUUUAUGAAAUAUCAAUAUUCUAAGCGGAACUGAUGUCAAUUUAAAACUGUUCCAAUUUAUCGAUGUAUACACUAAAAUUUUACACUGACUACCAACAAGUAUUUAGUAUUUGAUUGUAGAUAUAAGAUGAAAAAAGUAAUAUUAAGACUUUUCUAAUGAUGCUGUUAAUUGUUAAAUUCAGAACUCGAUAAUGAGCCAAGGCUAAUAUGCUUUCAGAUAUCUUGGUGUCAUUUCGUAUUUCCCUUUCGAAAUGGAUUUGCUUCCAGAAAAUUGAUACGUUGAUAGUUAUUAAUUUCCCAGAUUUAUAUCUUAAAAAUUAUUUACUAAGGCAAGAUGAUUGAUUACCUUUAAUUCCUAUUACAUAUAUAAAUAUUGCUGUAAUUAUUUCAUAAUUCCAUUAGUUAUUAAUAAUGGAUAUUGAGUGUGAUUCUAAUUUCUUAGUAGGUUUGAAUUGCUAUAGCUUGAGGUAGCUUUGAAAAUGUAUAAUCAGUUUGUAAUUGUAUUUAUAGCAGAUGUGAUUUAUUAAAGUUUUUUUAAACUUUUCUAAGUAAAAAGUGUACUUAUGAAAACGAUACCGCGUUUUUUAUUGUAUUGUAAAUUUUUUUAUACAUGUUAAUUGGGUUAACCAGUGCAAUAAAAUGCUGAAAACUUA